CGCCGCUCCCUGUCAAUCAGGCGCGCGUCACUUCCUUUCCUGGUCUGCCGCUUUCUGCUCAUUACAGUUGAAGAGUCCGUCAGUGGAGAAGCUUCAGCUACGGAGACUGAGGCUGCCUCUGCCGCGCGCCAGAUCUUCUGUAUUUGUGUGGCCUCGAGGGGCGGGGCCGGGACCGGGACGGCAGCUUCACGCUCGUUACCCUCGGCUGCCGCCGCCGCCGCCGGAGAGCCAGCUCUUUGGAGCCGAGCCAGGCCCAGCCAAGCCGGGCCCUCGAACGGAAAGAGUCGGAGGAACCUGCUGCUGCUGAAACUGAGGGCCGAGGGGAGAGUCACCCGGCAACGUGCUGCUCCUGCUGCUGCUGCUGCUGCUGCUGUGACUCACCUUAGAGAAGCUAUGACCUGGUAGUGGGUCCCGACCCACCAGUUGAAGAUCAGUAAGAUUAACAGCUGAGGUACUGAUCGAGUUCUGCUCUUCUUCAAUGAGGAACUACAGGCUGAUCUUCUGCCAUAACCUCAAGCAGCCAUAAAUGACAAAAGAAUGCUUGAAAGACAGCUUUGAUAUUGGGCUGCAUAAAGAUAUGAGGAAGAGCUCCUCCCCUUCUUUGAGUAACUGCAACUCUGUUCUCACUAACAAAAUAUUUGGAAUUCCACUCGAUGAACUCCAGCAGGAAGGACAGCCAGGCAGUGAAGUUCCAUUCAUAGUCCGCCAUGUUGUGGACUAUAUUGAGGAACAUGGAGGUCUAGAGCAAGAAGGACUUUUUCAAGUCAAUGGAAAUGCAGAAACAGUGGAGUGGCUUCGGCAAAGAUACGACAAUGGAGAAGAUGUGGAUCUGGUUAAAGAAGCGGAUGUACCUUCAGCUAUUAGUCUUCUUAGAUUUUUUCUUCAAGCACUUCCAGAACCAGUUAUUCCUAGCACUCUACAUAUGCAUUUGAUACAACUUUCUCAAGAUUUUAAUGAAGAUGAAUUUGGAAGAAAGUUGAGGUUUCUCUUGCAGCAGCUUCCGCCUCUUAAUUACAGUUUGUUAAAGUUUCUGUGUAGAUUUUUAGCUAAUGUAGCAACGCAUCAUGAAGAGAUUUGGUCUGCAAGUUCUCUAGCUGCAGUUUUUGGUCCUGAUAUCUUUCACAUUUACACAGAUGUGGAGGAUCUGAAGGAGCAAGAACUUGUUAGCAGAAUAAUGGCGGGACUGUUAGAGAAUUAUGAUGAACUCUUUGAAAAUGAAGAGGAAGAUUUUUCAUCUAAUGAUUUAAGUUCAGUAACCGAGCAGAUAAAUGAUCUGCUGGAUGAAGAAGAUAUAAAGCUUGAACAGUCUGAAGAACUGCCAGAAGAAGAAGAAGAAAACAUGGAGGACCCAGAAUACAGGCAGGAGAUGGAGCCCCAAGAAAUGAUGGAGAGCAUCUUGGAGUCGUGUAGCGUUUCAGCAUCAACAAGUGCUCAUCUCUCUCCCUUAAGCAUCUUGCCAGCCUCUGCAGACAUCUUGGAAAGAACAAUUAGAGCAGCUGUGGAACAACAUCUCUUUGAUCUGCAGAGCAGCAUAGAUCAAGAUCUCAAGAAUUUACACCACCACCAAAUGGUGUGCCAAGAAGCAAAUAUUAAGGGGGAUGAAGGAUCUAACAACCAGGAUGAUACUGAAAAGAAUAUUACUAAAGAUGGUGAGAAUCUUGGUGACUGCUCUGAAGCUGUGGAUUGCACUAAUUUAGACAAUGAAGUUAUGCAGCCUGUGUCUGAGGAAAAGGAAAAUUAUCAGGAAGCAGGCAUAUUAUUGCAGCCAUGUGAUGGAACAGAAGACGUGAAAGAGUCUGUUGGAGAUAAGCAAGAUUGUACAUCAUUUGAUGAUGGCGACAAAAUGACUUCACACGUGAUUCUGGGUUUUAUUAGCAAAGUUUGUGAUCCAAGUGUCAAAAAUGAGUUGGAAGAACUGAAAAACAGAAAUAACAAUGCUCCCGAAGCAACAUUGUGUGUCCCUGUACCACAUCUUGAUUUGAAGAAUGUGAAUGGUGGUGACAGAUGGGAAGCACCAUGCCCUAUCACUUUUCCCCUCAUUGAUUUCAAAACAAUGCAUCUGCAGACAGAAGGGGAGGAGCCGUUUCCUGCUUUUAAAUCUUGGCAGGAAGAGAGUGAAUCUGGAGAAGCUCAGCUUUCUCCACAAGCUGGAAGAAUGAAUCAUCCUCUGGAAGAAGACAGUCAUCCCAUAUUGUCACAUCGGAGUUUGGAUUUUGGACAAAGCCAGCGUUUUCUGCAUGAUCCAGAAAAAGCAGAUUCUUCAUCUAAAGCACUUUCUUUUGUUAGAACUCGAAGAGCAUCAUUUAAUAGUUCUAAGGAUGACAGAAGGGAAGACAAGACUCCUUAUCAGCUAGUCAAAAAGCUGCAGAAAAAAAUAAGGCAGUUUGAGGAGCAGUUUGAAAAAGACAAAAAUUUCAAGCCGUCGUAUUCUGAUAUUGCAGCAAAUCCAAAGGUUUUAAAGUGGAUGACAGAGCUUACCAAAUUGAAAAAGCAAAUAAAAGAUGCAAAGCACAAAAGCUCAGAUGGAGAAUUCAUACCUCAGACACGGCCACGAAGUAACACUCUUCCAAAAAGCUUCGGCUCAUCUUUGGAUCAUGAAGAUGAAGAAAAUGAAGAUGAUCACCGGGUUGCACAGAAAGAAAGGAAGCCUACCAAGGAGGCCACAGUGGAACUUAUUUUUAAAAGGCUGAAGGAAAAACGAAUUGAAAGCUGCCUUCCAGAAGAUAUAAAUAAAAUGACGAAGGAUGAUCUGGUAGAAGAAAAAACGUCUCUCCAAAAAAGUCUCUUGUACUAUGAAAGUCAGCAUGGACGACCGGUCUCCAAAGAAGAAAGGCAUAUUGUUAAACCUCUCUAUGACAGAUACAGGCUUGUGAAACAAAUGUUAACUCGAGCGAGCAUUACUCCCAUCCUUGGCUCACCAUCAACCAAAAGACGAGGUCAGAUGUUACAACCUAUCAUUGAAGGAGAAACAGCCCACUUCUUUGAAGAAAUCAAGGAAGAGGAGGAAGAUGGUGAUGUGUCAUCAGAGUUGACUGAUCUCUUAAAAACUAACACCCAAACGCAGUCUAUUACUACUAGUCCAGUUGAAAACUCAGAAUCUGAUGUUGAAGAAAGUCAAGAGAAAUUGACUCGAGAGCUUCGUCUGUCAAGUACAUGUGCAGCUUCCAUGCCUGAAUUAUUGGAGCAACUUUGGAAAGCCAGAGCUGAAAAAAAGAAAUUGCGCAAAACUUUACGGGAAUUUGAAGAAGGGUUUUAUCAGCAGAAUGGAAGAAAUGUUCAGAAAGAAGAUCGUGCUCCCAUGCUUGAUGAGUACAGAGAGUACAAGAAAGUUAAAGCCAAACUGCGGCUUCUUGAAGUCCUUAUCAGCAAACAAGAUUCUUCAAAAUAAAUUAAGUUUCUUCAUAAUAGUGAAAGGUUGUUUUCUUAUGAUGUCCAUAGUACUGUUAGGUGUUCACUUUUGUCUUGCGCUGUUGAAAGAAUGCAGUUUUUUGUACAUUUUAUGGUGCCACAUUUGAAAGGCAAGUAGGUCCUAUCUAGAAAGCUAACAAAAAACUUUUAAAAAUUACGACUGCUCUGUCCAACUUUAGAAAACAUUUUCCUUGUUUCUUUUAAUUAAAAAUGCAACUUCCUCCCAAAAGACUGUAGAACUAGAACCAUUCAGAAACUUUGGACCUUCUAACUUCGUUUCAUCUGCAUUUGUUAGUGUUGUACUGAACUCUCUCUGUUGCCUUUUUAUGCUGGGGAACAAUGGCAGCAAAUUUAAGAACACAACUGUGUUUUUCAACACCAAACUGAACUGAAAUGCCUUUCAGAGGACCGCUGCGGAAUAACUCUGUUUGAUUUCAAAUGACAUUUUUCAUACGAUAGAAUGGUUUAUGGUCUGUAGAUAUUUGCAACUUAAAGCUCCCUGGUCUUCAGUUUCAGAUUACAAUGGACAAACCAGAAAGUGACCUUGCUUGUUGUAUUUUUAAAACUUGGAAAAACCUGAACAUUUAUAUCACAUAUUGCCUACAAGACUUGCAUUACUGUUAAUUUAUCAAUUUAUCAGCUGAUGGUGAUUUAGUGUGUGAUCUCAAAUGGAUAUUGCAUCAUACCUUUGUAUGGGAGAGUGUCUGUGCUCAGCUCUGUUGUAUCUGAAAUAAGCAUAUCUUACCAAGGGCUAAAAUAAAAUCAUUAGUGUGAUGGAUUCAAGGUAGACACACAGUUUGAGAAAAGCCUCUCUGCUAUGUCACUGUUGUAAAAAUGGAAGGAAAAGUGAUUUGUUUGUGGCAAUAAGCAGAUAUCAUAUGGUUAUUGCAUGAUGAAGCUUCAGAAUUGAAACAUUUUUGUGAUGUUUAUUUUGCCUAGUAUAGAUGACAGUAGCCUUUAAUGGUUCUUCUCAAUCCCUUCCCCGCCCCACUUAAAUCUGCAGUCUGAAAGGCUCUAUCCAAGCCUACUGUGGACAUACAGUCUGCACAUAGAGAGAUUAUCAAAGGUCAGAGACACCGUUUUACCACCUGUCUUUAUGGCAUGUGUGCAGACACUGUACCUCAGGCCCUUAAAAAUGGUUUGAUGAAUUGAGUGCCAGGGUGUGCACACUGAACGGGGAGGAACCGGGCAGUGUCAUGGGAUUUCUUUGCAUGUGGGUGCUGCAUCUGUGGCACAACUGGACUGAGCCCUAAAUGUUGAAAUUGGCACAUUUUUGAUAUCUUUUGUACUGUGGCCAUGUUUUUGUACGUGCCUAUUUGCUGCAUGUGUUAUGAACAGCUAAUGUCAACACAGAUAUUGAUUCUCAUUGCUUUUUGAAAGACCAAAAAAUGAAUGUCUGUGAAAUAAGUGGCUAGCAUGUAAUUCAUCAGGUCAGUGUGUUAACAUGGAAUAGAUAGAAAGUAGAUUUUCAAUACUCCAUACUUGCCUGUUUGCUAUGUCUCUCUAUUUUUACUGUGAUUAUAGGCAUGUAAUUUUGGAACCCAAGAGCACUGAAAUGAGAUUAUAUUCAAAUGCUUUGCCUUUUUAUACAACUAGAAGGGUUUUUUUAGUAGUGAAUUACAAGUUUGGAAAUUAAUCUGGAGAUCAUCUGUGGCUUUUAUUCAGCUCCAUUGUGCAAUGUACACUUCACUUUGUUUUCUAUCAAUCUGCAGACACAGGUGCACCCAAACAUUGAAACUUAUGUGUACUGUACAGUGUUGUACAUGAAUGUUUUAUAUACCACAUGCAAAAUGUCAAUAUGCACUAUUUAAAUGUUUUAAAUAAUAUAUUCCUCCUUUAUAAUGCUUAAAUCUAUAUGAUUCCAAUAUUUUUAUAAAGUGAGUGAUCAGACUGGUUCCACUUCAGAAUUAACAGCUGCUUUUGUGUGUUAUGCAGUGUUUGGCUGUUUGUUCAGUAUCGUAGCUAGCAUGGCAUCAGUUAUGCUAAGAGUGUGUGUUGUGCCAUCUUAUUGAGCAAUAAAUGGUAGUGUUAGGCAUUUUGUGAUAUAACAUAGUUUUACUUUGGUAUAAGUAAAAACUAUAUGUGGAUAUAUAGAUAUAUAAAUAUAUAUAUAAAUAAACCAGAUAUAAAUGAUUGCUAUGUCUGGCAUUUCAUUGUAUAGAUUUUUAUAAUAAAAGGAUCUUUUAUUGUCAUACUCCAUUGUGUGUUUGUGUUGUGUGUGUGUGUGUGUGUGUGUGUGUGUGUGGAACAUGUGUUGUUUCUCCUAAUUGACUCUAGGGCGUUUAAACAAGGUUUUAACAAUUGUUUGUUUUAAUCCUGUGUGCUGUUGCCUAUAAUUCUACUGUUUGGCUUUAACAUGUAGUCCUGGCUUAGAGUCUCAGAACUGGUGGUAGUUGCAGUUUCACCAGAAACAAGCAUGUACUUGUGUUUUUUAUCUUGUUACAUUGUAAGCUGCUUUAAAGGCCUUCAGGUUGAAAGGUGACCCAUAAAUAAAUAAAUAUAUUCAUUGUG